AGGGCUGGAAGGGGCCUCUGGAGAUCAUCUAGUCCACUUCUUCCCUAGGGAGCAGAAGCAGGCAGCCCAGGACACAAUCUUGUUGCAGUCCCUUGUGUGCAGGACCUGGGGGUGGGCUGGCUCUGCCUGUCCCUGGGUGAGUAGUGAUGCUUCCCUAAGAUUUGCUGGGGACUCAGGAGCCACUGGACCCAGACCUGCUCAGGAUGGCUGCAAUCUCCUGCUGGGCUCUGCCCUGAGAGAUGUCUGGGGUCCCUUCUGCCACUGAGGAAGUGACAGGGGGAGAAAGAGACGCAUGGGUAGGGAAAUGGAGCAUCCCUGAUCAGCACAUUUCCCUCCUCCCCUUUCAUCCCCCAGACACAAAGGCUGGCUGCUAUUAACAGCUCUGAAGUGCACCUUGGUGCUCAGGAUGUUGAGGAUGCUCAGGGGAUGGGUGUGCUGCAGUGACGAUCACCUGCAUGUGCAUCCUGCAGUGCUGCUCCUCUGCUCGGCCAGGGAGAAGAGCAGGAGUGCACAACUCUGCUUUCCUGGCUUGGCUUUGCAGCUCAACACUCGUUUGUGGAAGGCUUCAGGGGACACUAGGCUCGUAAGUGAACAGUGGUGGCCUCUCAGCAGAGGCUUCACUGUGCCUAGGGGUGUGUGACUGCCUGUGCGUGUGGUGGGGAUGGAGCCUUUAUGCGUGUUGGCAGAGGUGUACAAGGCAUUGCCUUCCCCAAGCAGAGCCUCUGCUGUGCAGGCAUGAGUGCGUGGUCUCCAGGACCCUGCCUUAUCCUUGCAAUAGAGGUAUAACGGGUGUGCUGUGUGCCCAAGGAGGAGCAGGUGGAGUGGGAAUACAUGGUCUGGGUAGGGCUGGGCAAUGCCUGUGUGCCUUUGGAUUUAUGUAUGUGCAGAUCUGUGUUUCUGUGAGGUACUUUGGCACUGUGUGGUCUAUAGUAGGGCACAGCAGAGCAGUGAGGGCUCUGCGUGGUGCUGGGGCCGAGCAAGCCCUGUGGGCACCUCUCAUUUAUUAGAGACAAACCCUGGUGAAAUUCCACUGCUCCACAGCAGCCUCUGCGUGUUAACGUGGGGUCUUCUCUGCUGCUCUCUGAAGCCAGGUCGUAGCUCCUGCCAGCAGGAACCUCAGCAAGACUCUAAAUAGCAAACCUUAAUGUCCAAUGCAGGGCAGAGAUAUGUGGUGAUGAGAGAUGGGGCUCUCUGGGCAGGACACCAGCAGGUUCCUGUGCCCUGGGGAAGGAGAGCACUUGCUCAGGUGCAGACACCCUUGUACACAAAGUCAUGCAUGACAGCAUCUCCCUGCCAGGCCUGGCUUUGUGCUUGCACCCCUUAUGAGUCUAUUUUCUCAUCCUUGGGCAGGCAGUGGGGCUGAGAGCCAUGGGCUCGUUGUCAUGCCAUGACUCACUGGGGAUGCUGUUGCCCCAGCAAUGGCUGAGGAGCCAGCAGCAUCUUUGAUGGGGCGAUGUGAGAUCUCUUGGGGAGGGUGAAAUGCUCUGCAAGACAACAUAGCAUCAGCAAGGGCUGGGGGUGGAAAACACCCCGCGGGGUUUGACCCUCUCUUCCUAUGCUGCGUUCAAACCACAUGAGGUGUCCUGCACGGCUGCUCCUUGUGUCUGUCUUCUGCUCUAUGCAGGUCUCUGGGGCAGGGUUUGUGCCCACGGUCUCUUCACAUGGAGGAUGAUGGCCAAGAAUAACAGUCUGCAGAGCUCACCGGCCAACCACCACCCCUGCCCACCUGGGCAAGCCCGAGUGGAGGGAACAGGGCUCACCACGAGGACCUGCUCAACUCCAGCUGACACCUCAGAGCUGCAGAGAGGAACUCCCUCGAAUGGAGGGGAGCAGCCGCCUGCCUCUGCCUUCCAAGGCAGGAGAACCUUGGCCAGGAUAGUCCGGCUGGUGAUGGUGCUGAGGGACUGGGCCAGCAGGAGCUUGCACGAGGAGCAGCAAAAGCCAGACCCCUUCCUUGAGCGCUUCCAGGGCACCGAGUUCCAGGCAGCGGCUGCCAGAAUCGCCAGUGACCUACAGGAUGAGGAGACCGAGGAGGGAAACAAGAAGAAGAAAUGGCAGAUCUUUGUGGUGGACCCUGCAGGGGACUGGUAUUACUGCUGGCUGGCUGUCAUUGCAUUUCCUGUCCUCUAUAACUGGUGCUUGCUUGUAGCCAGGGCUUGCUUCAAUGACCUGCAAGAGACCUAUGUUGUCCUCUGGCUGGUGUUAGACUAUGUCUCGGACUCUAUCUACAUUGGGGACAUAGUGAUCCGCCUGCGCACAGGUUUCUUGGAACAGGGGCUCCUGGUUAAGGACACGAAGAAGUUACGGGAUAACUACAUCCAUACCUUACAGUUCAAGCUGGAUGUUCUCUCCAUCCUGCCCACAGACCUGGUGUACUUCACUGUGGGAUUGCACUGCCCUGAGUUGCGUUUCAACAGGCUGCUCCGCUUCUCCCGCAUGUUUGAGUUCUUCAAUAGGACCGAGACCAGAACCAGCCACCCCAACAUCUUCCGCAUCAGCAACUUGGUUCUUUACAUCCUGGUCAUCAUCCACUGGAAUGCAUGCAUAUAUUAUGCCAUCUCCAAGGCCAUAGGGCUUGGAAAGGACAGCUGGGUCUAUCCCAACAUCACAGACCCUGAAUACAGUAAUCUGACCCUGGGGUACGUCUACUGUCUCUACUGGUCUACCUUGACUUUGACCACUAUUGGAGAGACCCCUCCGCCUGUGACUGAUGAAGAAUACCUCUUUGUGAUCUUUGAUUUCCUCAUCGGUGUCCUCAUCUUUGCCACCAUUGUGGGGAAUGUGGGAUCCAUGAUAUCUAACAUGAAUGCCACUAGGGCAGAGUUCCAGGCAAAAGUUGAUGCUAUCAAACACUACAUGCAGUUCCACAAGGUGAGCAAAGACAUGGAAACCAAAGUCAUCAAGUGGUUUGACUAUGUGUGGACCAACAAGAAAGCAGUAGACGAACGGGAAGUCCUCAAGAAUCUCCCUGAUAAGUUAAGGGCAGAGAUUGCCAUCAACGUUCACCUGGAGACACUGAAGAAGGUGAGGAUAUUCCAGAACUGUGAGGCAGAUCUACUGGUGGAGCUGGUGCUGAAGCUUCGCCCUCAGGUGUUCAGCCCAGGGGAUUACAUUUGCCGGAAAGGAGACAUUGGGAAAGAGAUGUAUAUCAUCAAGGAGGGGAAGCUGGCUGUGGUGGGAGAUGAUGGAACGACACAGUAUGCUUUGCUCACUGCAGGAAGCUGCUUUGGUGAGAUCAGCAUCCUCAACAUUAAAGGCAGCAAAAUGGGCAACAGGCGCACAGCCAACAUCCGUAGCUUGGGGUACUCUGAUCUCUUCUGCUUGUCAAAGGAAGAUCUUAUGGAAGCAGUCACAGAGUAUCCUGAUGCCAAAAGGAUCUUGGAGGAGCGUGGCCGGGAGAUACUAAUCAAGGAAGGGCUGCUGGAUGAGACGGCUACAGAAGAAAGCACGGAAGGGAAGAGCAUGGAGGAGAGGCUGGACAGUCUGGCCUUGAACUUGGACACACUGCACACACGCUUUGGCCGGGUCCUGACAGAGUACAAUGAUGCCCAGAAGAAACUCAAGCAGCGCAUCACUGUUCUGGAGUCCAAGAUGAGGCAGCAGGAUCUGGAGGACUUCUCUGAUAGCUCAGACAGUCUGCUUGAGGAUGAGGUGAAAGCUUUACUUGGUGGGACACCGUGAGGAGGUGCAGAGGUCAGCUGGGUGAUGUCUGGCCUUCUGCUGAGACAGCGUUUGCUAUUUCACAAUGCAGAUCCUAAGGCUGCCUUGCCAGGGACUUCCCUCAGGUCCUUAGCAUUGCUGCUGCCACUGCCUUGAUGGCAGCUCCUGAGAUGGCCCCAAAUGAGGUGAUUGUCCUAGCUCCUCCUCUGGCCUGUCGCUUUUCAUCUGAGACCUGGGACUUGGAUCACUAAAAGGAGGAGAAUGGCUAAUGCCACUGUUAACAUUUCUUUCCAGCUUCUGCAGGAGGUCUACGCCCAUCACAUCUUCUUCCUCCUAUUUGCCUUAGUAGAAGGUGGGACAUGAAGGCUGCAUGGAGGGGUACCUGGAAAAGUUUACCUCCCAUGUAUGUUGUGGUGAAGGUCAAAUCACCCUGAAAUUAGAAUUUGGGGUAAGAUAAAAGGUUUUUUGUCAUCUCUAAAUUAAAUUGUAGGG